GGUUGAGCUGACUCCCUCUGCAGUGGAAGUAAAAGAUGUGCAAUGGAAUGUUCGAGUCAAUGUCAAAAGCCCUUGAGCUGCUCACCUCCGCUGACAAGUGGUCACUUUCACUGUUUCUCUUUCUAACUGUGCUAUCCACUGGACAAGGGUCAGGUAAGAGAUCUCUCGUCGUCAGCAAAAGCCCCCCUCACACAUCUCCAUUCCUCCAUUCCAUCCACUACUGCAACUGUUAUGCUGCUACAAUUCCUCUUCUCUCUUUCAGUCUAAUAAUGCAGGAUGUACAAUGCUCUAUGUGGUAAAUUAUAACAUUGGAAUUGGGUUUAUUUGAGCAAACAGCUGGCCCACAUCCACCACAUAUGAGCUACACUCAAUAUUAAGGUGUCAAGUCCCCACAUCCUCUCCCUCUCAUAGCUGAUGAGUAAAAUAUGCUGGAUGGGGGGCGUGAAGCUGUUGCUAGAAAUCCUCCUCUUGCUCACCUCCCACUCACCUCCCACUGCAUUCGUGACUCAUUGAUAUUAUAUAAACUUCAUAAAACCCACUCAUAUAGAAUUGCCUUUAACAACAGUGUUUUAAAACCAUCAAAUAUAGCAUAAACACAACAGAAUGCGCUAGCAUCAAUCAUAUUACCUUUCGUCCCUCCUCAGGAUGUGUGAGGCCAUUCAUGUUGCAGAACAGCUGGGUCAACCUGACUGAGACCAACAGGGGUUCCUUCCCUGUGGGCACAGUGCUCCAGUACAGCUGUGACCCAGGCUACCUGGCUGAUGGGCCCAGCAUCAUCACAUGCAACCUCCUGGGCCUCUGGACCUCAGACCCACCCCGCUGCAUACGGAGUGACGGUAGGUGGCUCUCUCUACAAUGUGGCCACCAGUAUGACUCAUUGUGAAAAGGAUAAUUUCUCUCCAGUUGAACAACAUAAAGUUGAUACCAAAAUGUGGAUAAUGUAGGAUUAUAACUUUAUAACAUGAUGAUUGUGUUGUUUCUGACCAGCAGUGUGCCGGCCUCCGUCUGUGCCUGAGAAUGGAGGGUACACCUGCCACCCCUCUUCCUGCCACCGGCUAGGCCAGGGUACUGUGAUCGAGUACUUCUGUGAUGAAGGCUACAUCCUGAAGGGAGACUACAAGUACAGAUAUCUUACCUGUCAGGAUGGGGAGUGGGACGCCCCCAUGCAGAUUAGCUGUGUCAACCAAGGAUGUGCGAGGCCGUUCAUGGUCCAACAUGGGUCAGCCAACCUGACAGAGACUAACAGGGGUUCCUUUCCUGUAGGCACGGUGCUCCAAUACAGCUGUGACCCAGGCUUCUUGGAGGACGGGCCCAACAUCAUCACCUGCACCCCCCUGGGCCACUGGUCCUCAGACCCACCCCGCUGCAUACACAGUGAGGGUACUAAUAGCUUUACUAAAUACUCUGAAUUCAUUCCACACACACUAACAUAUUUGGGAGUCUAAAAUGAGGUUUGUGAGCUCAAUGAUGAUGGUUCUCUUGUUUCUUGUCAACAGUGUGUCUUCCUCCAUUUGAGCCAGAGAAUGGGGGCUACACCUGCCACCCGUCCCCCUGCCAUAGACUAAACCAUCGCACUGUGAUCGAGUACUUCUGUGAUGAAGGCUACAUCCUGAAGGGAGACUACAAAUACCUGACCUGUCAGGACGGGGAGUGGGACGGCCCCAUGCAGAUUAGCUGUCUCCUGGACCAAGGUUGGUGACCAUAAUGUGAGAUUACACUGAUUUACUCUCCACAGAGUUCAGUGUUAGGUGGCUUAACUAUUCGUUUUGUGUUGUAUCAACCUGCAAAAUGAAAUUAUACUGUAACGUUACUACUUUUUCAAGCCUCAAGCGGGACUGUCUGUCCUUUUAUGGACAGCAGACCUGCCAACCUGCACACAUUUUGCGUACCAUGCAUGCAAUUUGAGGUCAAAGUACGCUGGUAUGAAAAACUACCCUAAAAUAUGCAAAAAUAGACUUCUAUUUGGCACAUUGCGGUAGUAGGCACGAGUGCAUUGACGAGCAAGGAAACGUGCGUUGUUGCGGUAGUUCAGUGCAUGUCGCUUCUUGAAUGGAAACAGACAAGGCAGAGAGAGCUGUUCCGCCAAUACGUCCUUCACAGAAAGUUAUGUUACAUUUGACAUUUUAGUCAUUUAGCAGACGCUCUUAUCCAGAGCGACUUACAGUUUUUUUUAGUGAGUGCAUACAUUUUUCAUACUGGCCCCCCAUGGGAAUCGAACCCACAACCCUGGCGUUGCAAUCGCCAUGCUCUACCAACUGAGCUACAGGAGGCCCUGUUAGACAGUUAAAGAUUAGUAGACCUAUGUUAAUUCAUCAGUUCUUGAUCUGUCCUCAUGAUAUAGUUGUAUGUCAACAGUAGGCUUCAAAUUAUGUGAUAAUAGCUGGUUCACCAAUGACAAGGCAUGUUGAAUGAAUGGUAGCCUAGUAGUCAGACCUAACUUGAUGGAUUAGGUCAGUGAUGGAAAUUUGAUGGAAAAACAAGCUCAUUUAGGCCUAGUUCAGUUGUUUCAUAUUCCAAAUAGCCUACAGUAAACUAGACUACUACAUUGCAUCCAGUAGUUGGAAUUGUUCAGAAUUCAGUUUACAUUUUCUCUAGACUGUCAAUAUAAAGACACCUGUUAAUUAGAAUAAUAAUUUCCCCUAAAUUUAACCUAGAAAGAUUUAAUUGAGACCACAUCAAUUUCAUUUAGGAUCAAACACAAGACUUCUGUGUUGGCUACAUGCUCCAACUUCCUGAGGGGGAAGUUGACUGACCCCCUCCGGACCUCCCCCCUAUCCAACCGUAGGCCUACAUCAGCACCACCUUGUCAGAAAAUCAUAGGAAGAGCCCUGAUUGUACAUUUUAAACAUAUCUCUUCUAGUUGGCUAGUGAAGAGCAACCAAUUACUAAGUACCAUAACAGUCUAAAGCAGGGGUGUCAAACUCAUUUUAGCUCAGGGGCCACAUGGAGGAAAAUCUAUUCCCAAGUGGGCCGGACCGGUAAAAUCAUGGUAUAUAUAACUUAAAAACAACAACUUCAGAUUGUUUUCUUUGUUUUAAUACUAUCAACAUAAAACAUAAAGCUGGAGCCUGAGGACAGUGUGUCCAAAAUAGUACAAGCACAACAUCACUAUUAAUCAUAAAACACCUCAAGUUUAUUUGAAAAUUCUAAAGAAAAAACACACAAACACACAAUGCCUCAGUGAUUCACAUAACUGUUUCACAGAUCACAGAACUAUAUCAGGGUGUCAUUUCUCAGGCAGAAAUUUAGAUACAAAUAAUGAAAUCCUGUUCCCCAAACAAGUGCAAGAACCACAGAGUCAAGAAUAGGUUAAAUAUACAAAUAAAAUAAAAUCAAUUAAAAACAAUAGCACAUCAACAUAAAAACAUAUAAACAUAAAGCUGGAGCCUGAGGACAGUGUGUCCAAAAGCACAACAUCACUAUUAAUCAUAAAACACCUCAAGUUAUUUGAAAUUCUGAGGACAAACAACACACAAACACACAAUGCCUCAGUGAUUCACAGAAGUAUAUCACAGAUCACAGAACUAUAUAAGGGUGUCUCAUGCAGCACUUUAAGUGGGGUUGCAUAGUUUAUUUGACUCCUGAUACCUGGCAUCUUUUAGCUUUCACCAGCGCAUCAAUAUCAGGCGUCACAUCCUGAGUGGCAGCCAACUUCAGGAUGUGAUUCAAGUGCUUGUGCGUGAGCCUUGAGCGCAGCUUUGUUUUAUUUAUGCUCAUUACAGAGAACUUGCUCACAAAGAUAUGUGGUUCCAAACAUGCACAACCGUUUUGCAGCGAGGGCUGUCAAGUUGGGGUAACCUGGCAAGAGAUUCUGAUAAAAUGUGUCCAAGCCAGCUGCGGCAAAUUUGCCCUUCAAAUCCGAGUCACACUGCAAGUCUAUUAUUUCAAGUUGGAUGCUGACGGGCAGAUCAGAGGGAUUCACGGUGAAUGGCGAACAAAAAACUUUGAAGUCUUUCUCCAGUUCACCAAAAAUCUGAAAGCGUUGCUCAAACUCCCUUAACAGUCCCGUUAUUUUAUCUUUGAACCGCUUCAUGUCUGCCACAUGUUGGGUCGCGCACACAUUUUUCAGACAGGGGAAGUGAGCUGCAUCACCACCGGCGAGUUGCGUCUCCCACAAUGACAGCUUCAACUUGAAAGAACGUAUUUUACAUUUACAUUUUAGUCAUUUAGCAGACGCUCUUAUCCAGAGCGACUUACAGUUAGUGAAUACAUAUUUUUUUAUACUGGCCCCCCGUGGGAAUCAAACCCACAACCCUGGCGUUGCAAACGCCAUGCUCUACCAACUGAGCUACAUCCCUGCCGGCCAUUCCCUCCCCUACCCUGGACGACGCUGGACCAAUUGUGCGCCGCCAGUUGUGCAACAUCUGUAAUGUCCGUGCUUUCAUCAAUUGCAACCGAAAACGCAAUAAAUGACUUUACUUUUUGCUUCAACUUGCUGUCCAAAUCCACUGAAAGGUCGGAAAUCCUGUCUGCAACUGUGUUUCUUGUCAGGCUGAUAUUUGCAAAAGCCUGGUGCUUUUCAGGGCACACAAUCUCUGCUGCCUUCAUCAUGCAUGUUUUUACAAAUUCACCCUCACUAAAUGGUUUUGAAGCCACUGCGAUUUCAUUAGCAAUGAGGUAGCUAGCUUUCACUGCAGCGUCACUGAUGUCUCGGCUGUGAGUAAACACAGACUGCUGUUUCUUCAGACCCACCAACAGUUCAUUCACCUUCUCUCUUCUCCGCUGUCCUUGAAAGUUGUCAUAUUUGUCGGCAUGAAGACUCACAUAGUGGCGACGAAGGUUAUAUUCUUUCAGCACUGCAACAUGCUGUGAACACACCAAACAUACAGCUUUCCCAUUAAAUUCCGUGAAUAAAUAGAAGGAUGACAAUUUUUCUUGGAACACUCUGCACUCUGCGUCCACUUUUCUCUUUUUUGACAGAGACAUAUUGGGGCAAUGAGGGUGCCAAAGCACAUAAUGUUAAAAGUAGAAGCCGUAAUAAAUAUCGCGGGCAAAACAAAGUAGCUCAUCCGGACUGGCUGCACUUGCUUGACCUAUUUGCUCUGCCCCGGUAUAAACAGUUUGCUUGCUUAACACAAUUGCUAUUGCGCCAUCCAGUGGACACAAUUGGAACAGCAGUUUCUUUUAUUGAAAAAUUGCAGCUCAUUUUUAUACUUUACAAAAUCAUCUCGCGGGCCGGAUUAAACCCGAUUGCCUAGGAUUUGAGCAGUGAGGUGUCGCACGUUCGCCGUGGUGGGGGCCAGGGGUGGCACCGCCACGCUAAAGUGGUACUCAUAAAAAUUAUUCAAGGUUGGCAGGUCUGGGACAGUGUUUGAGUGUGGGCUGAUAGCCUGCUUCCCCUCUUCCAGACAGAGACCCUGCCCUGCCGUUGGGCAUACCCACCCUGUCCAUCGUGGCCUCCACUGCCAGCUCUGUAGCCCUCAUCCUGCUGCUGGUGGUCCUGUUUGUCCUGCUGCAGCCCAAACUCAAGUCCUUCAACCACAGCCGGUGAGUGGCCUGAAACUACAGACAGGCUUAUUUAGCAUCAGCUAUGGUAGACUCAUCCCAGCUAUUUGUGUACUCCAGGGGUGUGCAUGUCUCAUAAAACUAGCUCUUAAGAGUCUAAAGUAAUGAGAUAUUAACUGACUGUUCCACUCCUCUCUGGUUCCCCUCAGCCGUGAGCAGGGGGUGUCAGGCCAGCCCGUGUCCAUCAUGGUGGAGGGGGUGCAGGUGGCCCUGCCCUCCUAUGAGGAGGCGGUGUGUGGCGGAGGGGCUCUGAGUCUCAGCUCUGAGUCCCGGGUCCAAAUAGUGCUGUCAGAGGGCCAGCAGGCUGCAGGGACGACAGAGCCUCUCAUUGCCCAGGCCAGGCCCUCCACCCUCUCCCAGCUCUCAGAGAUGGCAUUGGUUCACCCAGUACCACCAUCCUUCGCCUCUUCAUCCUCCUCCUGCUGGGGCCCAGAGCAGGCUGCUACUGCAGUGCCUUCACCCUCACAGCGGAGGGACUCCACGGGCAGCGAGCAGCACAGCCUGCCCCUCCUCGACUCUGAGAUGGACUACUCUGAUGGUAGGCCCUCUAUCAACAUGUCUCUCCAAACAGGCCUCUUCACACAUGUAUUGGUUGAUAAUGCCCAUAUAUGCAUACAGUGUAUUGAUUAUGUCUCUUUGUUCUUGCAGAUAUGCCUUUGUUAAAGGAGGCCUGA